ACGUGCGCCACCCUAUGCGGUGGGCGGGCCACUUUACUCAAUCGAAUGUGUUUGUUGUCAUAGCAUAUGAAAUACGCUGCAAGAUAAACAAAAACAAGUAUUUUUUAACAAAACCGUUUUGGUGCAGCAACAAUAACUGUUUUAAACAUGUCAAAAACGUCGAGCGUAGGGAGCUUAGAAAGUGCUGUAACGGGUCCACCGCUGCAACCAUCGAUACGCAAAAUGCCACAUGAUACUGAAACGGAUUAUCCCAAUGCCAUUGAGCUAUUGCGCCAACGUUCGCAGCGUCUGGCGACGCGCCUGCAGCAAACGCAAAAGGAGAUGUCGGGCAAAUUGCCGUCAACCACGGACUAUCCCAUCAUCGAGCAGAAGGCCAAUCAAUUUAUGCGCAACUAUGUCUCGCAGUCGCAGUUGCAGUUGCAGUCGCUGCCGCAGCAGCGUUCAAUGCCAGUGCUAAAUGCUGCUGCCACAGCAUCUGCCACCGCCACUGCCACGGUCAGCGCCACUGUCCAACAUCGUCAGCAGCAACAUCAGCAGCAGCAGCAGCACCAUUUGCCUGCCGCCGCUUUAUCCAUGCCGAUGCCCAUGGCAUCAUAUCCAUACCCCAUGCAAUCUUUUAUGCCGGUUCACAUGCAGCUGCAGUUUGCCGCCCAGCUGAAUGCAACAACAGCUGCCGCGGCGCCGCCUCAACAGCAGCAGCCGCAUCUGCAGCAGCAGCAGCAUCUGCAGCAACAGCAGCAUAUGCAACAACAGCAGCUGCAACAGCAGCAGCAUCUGCAGCAACAGCAGCUGCAACAACAACAGCAGCAGCAGCAACAGCAGCAGCCGCCGCAGCAGGAGCUGAAGAAGAAACGGAAGUCACGGCAAACCCUUAACGGCGAGGUGGAUGCCCUCAAGGAUCUGGUCUAUAAGCUGAUAACUGUCAACCCGGAUGUGCGAGCCUAUGCCCAGCAGCUCAUCAAGCAGAGCGAGGUGCUUGGCCAGUUGGAGUGGCUGAAUCUGGCCAAUGUCUGCAGGCCGCCAAGACCUUAUGUAAAUCCUGCACUGCGAGCGCUUACCACCGCGUCCGGCAUGCCGCCGGUGCCGCAGCACGGCCGCAUUGAUGGCGGCAUGGAUCCGUCGGGUCACCCGCAGCAGCAGCAGCAGCUGCCGCCUACACUCUCCGGCAUAAUGCGCGCUCCCAGACAGGCCCAGCCACAACAGCCGCCGGCUCAGGGCCAGCCCAUGACGCAAAAGCGUGUCGGCGAGAUUCUGCGCACACGCCGCGACUCCGAUCUGUCCAGCACCAGCACCAGCAGCAGCAGUGCAGCCACAGCAACCACACUGCAGCAGCAGCAGCAGGAGAGCUCUGGCGGGCAAUCGCCGCGCAGGCGUAAUCGCAACCGCAAGAAGCGCAACGACAAGAACACGCCCCGUUCCCUGAAGACCGAGCUGGAGGCAAUGCGUCAAUAUAUCAACAAGAUUGUCCAGCAGCAUGUAGGCGCCGAGCAACUGGUGCCAGCGGAUCUGAACUUCAAGGGCGAUUUUGGGGACUUGGAGUCGCACGCCAGGCGCCUGGUACAGGCUGGUUACGGACGCAUUGUCGAGGAGGAGAUACGCGUGAAUCGCAAGAACAAUCGCCAGGCCUUUAUCACCAUGUCCGCGGAUCGCGAGGCACUGGAGCGAGAUGGCAUCGUUCUGUUGCCAGUGGCACGACGUUACGCUUUCGAGGGCGACACCGUGCGCGCCUUUGUCUUGAAUGUGGGCGCCGUCGUUACCAAGGCAAUGGAUUCCGCAGCCGGCGGCAUUAUUGGCGGCAAGGCCUCACUCUCUCUGGGUGAGGAUGAGGAGCUCUCGGAGGAGACAGAAUCGCAGGACUCGGAUGAUGACAAUGUGGCCGUGAUAGCCUCGGACAACUGCCCCAAAGCGUUUGUCAUUGCCAUUGUGAAGCAAACGGAACUGCGACAAAUUGUGGGCAACAUAUCAUUUACGAAUCCCACCAAGCUCUGCGACGAGGAGCUCUUUUACAAAUUUCGACCAUUCGAUUUACGCAUGCCCAUGGUGUACAUACCGCAGUCCAGCUGCGCGGUACACAUCGGCAACAAGCAGCCGGACGAGGUGUGCGGUCUGCUCUAUCUGGCGCACAUACUCGAAACGGAUUGCAAUGGCCAUUGCAUUGCGGAGCUGGUGCAGCCCGUUGGCCGUGUGGGCAAUCUGGAUGAUGAACUGAAGGCCAUACUCUUCCAUAACAGUCUGCGGGAUGUGGUGCCCUUCGAGGAGCGCUUCAACGAGAUGUACGCACAAUCAGCGCCGCCUGUAACUGCCAAGGAUCUGGUGAAUCGUCGGGAUAUGCGCAAGAGCUGUAUCUUCACGAUUGAUCCCCUGACGGCGCGCGAUCUGGACGAUGCGCUCUCCAUUGAGCAGCUGGGCGAGAAUGUGUUCGAGGUCGGUGUGCACAUCUCGGAUGUGUCGCACUAUUUGCUGGAGAACAGCGAGCUGGACAACAUUGUUAAGGAGCGCUCGACAUCAAUUUAUUUGGCCAACGAAGUGAUUCACAUGCUGCCGCAGACGCUCUGCUUCCGGUGCUCACUGCUGCCGGGAGAGGAUAAGUUUUCGUUCUCCGUUUUCUGGCGUAUGGACGGCGAUGGCAAUCAGCUGGACAAGCCCCAAUUUACGCGCUCCAUCAUGAAUUCGUGCACACAGUUUGCCUACGAGCAUGCCCAGAAGAUAAUUGACAAUCCGCGCGAGCGUUUUACCGACGUCGACUUUCCCAACAUCCUGAACGGAUUCACGGUCAACGAUAUCACGAAGCGUGUCAACUGGCUGCAUGGCAUUGCGUGCAACAUGCGCGGCAAACGUUUCGACAAUGGCGCCCUGACCAUUAACAAUGCCAAGGUGCGCUUCAGCCUCGAUCCGCUGACCGGCGAGCCAAUGGGCUUUGAGGUGGAGAAGCAACGCGAGGCGAAUCACAUGAUUGAGGAGUUCAUGCUGCUGGCCAAUCAAGCGGUGGCAAAGUUCAUACACGAUGCCUUUCCCAAAAUUGCUGUGCUGCGCAAUCAUCCGCCGCCGCUGACCAAAUCCCUGAAAUCGUUGCGUGAGAAGCUGCUCUCCCAGGGCUUCGACCUGGACUAUAGCUCCUCGAAGGCCCUGCAGGCCAGCAUGCAGCGGUUGUGCAGCGAGGCCGCCGAUCCCAUUGCCAUGUCCGCCUGCCUGAGUCAGCUGCUGAUGAAGCCCAUGGCGCGCGCCACUUACUUCUGCAGCGAUGGCAAGACGGAACCGUCGGAUCUCUGGCAUUACGCCCUAUCCAUACCCAUCUAUACGCACUUCACCAGUCCCAUUCGACGUUAUCCGGAUGUUAUGGUGCAUCGUCUGCUCGCCGCCGGCUUGAACUACUGCGCCGCACCGGAGCGCAGUCCGGAUGAACUGCAUCAUCUGACCAAAGUGGCCAACGAGCGUAAAUAUAAUGCCAAACAGGCGGGCGAUGAUUCCAGCAAUUUGUUCUUCAAGCGAUAUGUGAGCAAUCGGCAGGUGAUUUACAUGCGAGCCGUUGUCAUGGAGAUCUUCCAGCACAUGAUGAAUGUGGUUACCCUGGAGUCGGGUCAUGUCAUUGCCAUUAACUAUAAGAUGCAACGUGUCCUCAUCGAUACGCACAAUGCACCCAAUUUUAUACUGGUCGCCGAGCGCAACAUGAAGCAGACGCCAUAUAAGCUGCAGUUGCUGUCCGUGGUGCCCAUACGGCUGAUUAUAUGGGAUGGCAAGUUAACGGGAUUUUUGCUGACUGCGGAUCAGCGCCAGAAGGGGCCCAGCAUGGAGCAUCCGGGCGUAGUGGUGCGAAAGGACAACAAAAAACAGCAGCAGCAACAACAACAGCAGCAGCUGCAGCAGACGACAGCAAAAACUAAAUCGCCCAAAAAUGUACACUUAAAAAAUGCUCAACAACAGCAGCAGCCACUGGAUCAACAGCAGCGCCUGCGUCGACAGCAGCAGCAUCAGCUACAACAACAGCAACAACAACAGCAGCAGCAGCGUAUGUUUGCCUUGCGCAAGAGCAGUUCGUAAGCUCAAUGAGAACAAAACAAAAAAUCAAAAAUAUAAAACAGCAACUACACCCGAUUAUGAACAGCAGGCGGGCAGGAGCCCACAAAAGACCGCAUUUACACGUGCAGGCAUUUUCUAUUUUCUUUUUUUUACGUUGCUGCGCGUUUUCAGCUCAAUUUCAAACACAACGAAUCGAGUAUAAAUUGCCCGCAACUUGUGCACUAAAUGAAUUAUCGAUAAUUGACCAAGUUGCAACUUUGAUGUCGAUUUGAUAUCGAAAAAAAAAAAAAGCGAAAAAUCGAAAAAAAAAAAAAAAAAAUUAGCAACUUCUUUGGUCCAUAUAUUUAAAUUUUGAAAAUAUAUUUAUAUUUGAGUCUAAAUUUACAGUUGACAAAAACAAACUACCAACAAAGCACAAAAAAUCCGACCUUGCAUUUUAAGAAAGCAAAAAGAAACGCCAUUUAAUAUACCCCAUCUUGAACCGGACCGGGCUGUUAAUGGAGUAUGUUAACUAACACUUUUUGUUGCACUUUUAACGAAAAGUUACUUGUUGUUGUUAUUCGUUGCACAGUGUUGCAUGUUAUUUGCAGCACAACAGCUAGAUGAUAUUAUGAAUAUUGUGGCGACACCUUGCGAAAAUUGAAAGAACUUAGUGAUGCUCGCAAAUAAAAGGAAUUCAAAUUUAUUUAACAGCAAAUUCCUUCAGCUAACAGUGAAUGCAGGCCGUUUGCGUAUAAUAGUAGACUUGAUUGAAUACGAAUUAAUUAUGCAAGCCAAAGAAAACUCGUUCAAAAUUACCACUGUAAGAAAGUUUUUCAUUAAAUUUUUAUAUUAUAAAAAUUAAAAUAAAAUAUCACGCUCGAAACGAUAA